GAGUAGAAUCAGAAGGAGUAGAAUCAGAAGAAGUAGAACCAGAAGAAGUAGAACCAGAAGGAGUAGAGUCAGAAGGAGUAGAAUCAGAAGAAGUAGUACCAGAAGAAGUAGAACCAGAAGAAGUAGAAUCAGAAGAAGUAGUACCAGAAGAUACUCAACUACCUCUAAUUUUUGACACAAUAAGAGAAGUGGACGUCAAUAAACCUGUUCAACUAACUGUCUCUCUGUCCCCCUGUCCUGCUGUCUGUCUGACAGAGAGGUAUAACUUCCUGGGUAUCAGUAUCGUAGGUCAGAGUAACGAGCGAGGAGACGGAGGUAUUUAUAUCGGCUCCAUCAUGAAGGGAGGAGCUGUGGCAGCAGACGGACGCAUCGAGCCUGGAGACAUGUUACUGCAGGUGAACAACAUGAACUUUGAGAACAUGAGUAACGACGACGCUGUUCGAGUCCUCAGAGAGAUCGUCCACAAACCAGGUCCGGUGACGUUGACGGUGGCUAAGUGUUGGGAUCCGAGUCCUCGCGGUUGCUUCAGUCUUCCGAGGAGUGAGCCGGUCCGUCCGAUUGACCCAGCUGCCUGGGUGUCGCACACGGCCGCCAUGACGGGGAAGCUCCCCCCCCACUACGGCGUGCACGAAGAAAACCUUCUCACCAUCCACAGCGACAUGACGGUGGUCGUCACCGCGAUGGCCAAUCCUGAGUCAGGUCUGGAGGUUCGGGACCGGAUGUGGCUGAAGAUCACCAUCCCCAACGCCUUCAUUGGUUCCGAUGUGGUGGACUGGCUCCACCGGAGCGUUGACGGGUUCACUGACCGCCGAGAAGCUCGCAAGUACGCCGGAAACCUGCUGAAGGCCGGAUUCAUCCGGCACACCGUCAACAAGGUGACCUUCUCUGAGCAGUGCUACUACGUGUUCGGAGACCUCUGUGGAGAUCUGGGUGUGAUGACUCUGCUGGAUCCCGAAGAAGAGUCCAGUCUAGGAGGAGGAUCAGAUUGUGACCCUCUGGCUCCGGCAUCGGGCCCCCAGAGGCCCCCGGCCUUCCCCUACCAGUACCCCGUCCCUCACCCCUACAGCUCGCCUUCCCCCCUCCACCAGCUGCCGGCCUGGGGAGGAGGAGGAGGAGGAGGAGGAAGUCAGCACAGUGAAGGAAGUCACAGCAGCGAAUCAAAUUGUAGUGACGGUCAGAAGAAGGGAGGACGAGGCAGCCAAUCAGAGAUGACCAAACAGGAAGUGAGUGCUUCGCCCGACAAAGAUCUGGCGGCAGAGUCUCACGGUGACGACGGCAUCCGGCGACCUCCGACCUCCUGCUCUGGUCUCCAUGGUAACAAAGACUCUCAGGACCUCCCGCCGGCUCCGUCGCCUCCAGGUCGGCAGUUGUUCUGCCUGGCCGUGGGAAACCCCGGUGAUUUCUUUGUGGAUGUCAUGUGACCCUGUGAUGAUGUCACGUCCCGUGAGAAAACACCACUUUCGUACUUUUGAAGAAAUAUGCACACAAGCUGCUGAUGGUGGAGUUUUAACAAACACACAAUGAGACGAGGAGAGAAACUGAUGUUUGAUUUAAAGGUGGAUUUAUCUUUGUACCUUCACUGUGGACUCAGAGAGCCUUGAUGUGGUUGUAUAGAGUUAAUCCUACAUCUAAAAGAAGAGGCUGGUAGAAACCUCCUAAACACCUACUAGAUAACGCUAGACAACUCUUAGACAUCUCAACUCCUAAACAACUCCUAGACAGCCCUUGAACCCUGUGAAGGAGGAUGUGGACGUUUUAUGUGGACGAGGGUGGACAAGAUUAAAUGGAUGGAUGGGCAUCUACUGGUCCGUCGUUACACUGAGGAGAAAACUACCAGUCUCUGCUGGUAACUCACAGUUUAUCUAAUCAAUCUUCAGUCUUUUCGUUCAUGUGUCUAAGUAACACCUGACCUCCAGAGCACAUAUGAAUAAUGUACUUUAACAUAUGAGUAUAUGAUGGAUGAAGAGCUGUGUCAAGCAGAUUAUUGUCUUUAUUUAUGAAAAUAGUUUCUCUGUCUUCACUCUGGUUUUAAAUCCUCAAUGAUUAAAAAAUAAAAAAUGUCCAAGUAUCAUUUUGUGGUGAAUCUUUUGUGUGACAUUUUUAAUCAAAAGUUAAUAUAUUUGAAAAUAUUGAGCAUGUAUUCUAAUAACUUGGAGGACAGUUUAUAGCUGUCUUUUGUGUUAAAAUGUAGUAUAUUCCAGGUUUUGGUUCCUCAGACUUUCCAGUAAAAACCUCUCCUGGUUAAGUGCACAACAUCCACAUGUUUCCACACUAAUAGAGACCUGAGCCAGCCCUAACUAUAAACCUGA